AUGAAGCUUUCCGCUAUUAUCUUGAGUCUGGUCUUUUGCGGCCUAGGAGCUUCUGCUGUCCCAGCGACCAGCCGAUCCCCUAUGAAAACUUCAUCCCGACCUCUUCUUCAAUGGACUCCUCCUUCUCUCAUACCGCAGAUGCGGUCUGCCUUCCAGGCCAAGAUUGACUGGGACUUGGAUAACGUUAGCAAUUUCUUUUUGAUAGUCGGGCUUUUCUUUCCUAACAAUAAUCUACAGAACCAUACCAUUCAGACCCCAUCCGGCCUUCGUGCUAGCUGGUGGAGUCGCGAGGGCUACUGGUAUGAUACAAAGGGCCGACAGUUUGGCGAAAUUCUUCGUGCAAACGAUGACGGCAUUGUAACGUCUGGAACAGACCCGGGGACCAAAUAUCUUGAGCUCCUUGUCUUUUGUCUAGUUAUUUCCUAUGUCGUAAAGCUAGAUGACGGUCACUGGGCGUAUGUGAAGCACACAGGCGGCGCUAUUGUUCGCCAGUAUCAGAAUGGCAUCGUGUAA